AUGGAGGGUUAUCCAUACAUACAGAAAGUUGCCAGUACCUUCACGCCUUUGCAAGAAAGUACAUCAAAUGGAGACAAUUCAACAACUACGAAUGAGAGCUUUGAACAACCUGUGUACGAACAAUUGAUGCCCUCCACAUUGGUUGCUGCCGGUCCGUACCCGCACGAUGCUAAUAUAACAGCAGCAUAUAAUAGCAUUAUAGCUAGCAACAUGGUUCCAGAAACUACAUCCUCCACCGGGAUGUGUAGGACUGAUUCAUAUUCUAAUUCAGUGAGUGGUAAUACUUGUUCGGUUCAAACCAUGACAUCGAAACAAACACCACCGAAUCAUGCACCAGCUGUUCAGAACGAAGAAGAGAUUGAUCAUCCAAGGAAUGAAGCAGUCAUGCCAUCUAUUUGUAAUGGAAAUGCGCUAUCUAAAGUUGAUGCACAUAAAUCCAUACCAUUAAACACUGAAGGACAAGCAAUGAUCCCGCCGGAUGAUAAAACCGAGAUGUCUAUGCAAGAAGCCAGUGUGAAUGAACCAUCCAAAUAUCGGGAAAUGGUACAUUCGGUUAACACCAAUGAUGAAAGUGCCAUAUCGAGCGAAACAUCCGCAAAAGAAGAUAAACUCCAAUACGUAUCAAACAAAUCGGAAUCGGAUAGUACUGAUCAGGCAAACCCAUCUAAAAAGAAAGACAUCACAUCGACCGACGAAAAGCUGAUUGAUUCUAUUCACGAUGAAGAUGAAGAAAACAGCAGCGACACUGUGAUAUCUGACUCCAACCCAGAAGCAGCGGAUUCGGGGCAUGUAUCUUCCCUCUUUAGAAAUGUGAUACUGGUGCAAGCAGAAACAAUAACAGCCGAAGAAAAUGAUUCGGAUGAGCGUACACCAUCUGAAGCCGGUAUGGAUUCGGAAAGCGAAUCAGAAACUGUAGAUCCAAUAGAAGACAUUGGACGGGAGGAUGAAAACGAAAUGCUGGAUCCCGCCGGUUUGCUAAUAGACGAAACGGAGGAUAAUUAUGAAAUAUUGGAAGGUGUAGCAGUUGGUCAAAUGGGGCGAACCGUUGCACUGGACGCGCCCAUAAUUGACCCGAACGAAGUGACGCAAGAAGACAAUGACGAUGAUGAGGAAAAUCAGCACAAGAAAAUUGAUACCAAUGGCAGAAGCAACGAAAACACAUCAUUAGUUGGUAAAAAGAGAUCUAAGCAUAACGAUUCCGAGUCACCUUCGUCCGACGAAGAAUAUUUAGCAGAUGGAUCAACCGAACCGACAUCACAAAAGUGCCAAAUGCGCAAACGAGGUGUAUUCCGUACGGGAAAUGUGGAGAAGCAGCAAGCAAAAUCUAAGCAAAAGCGAUCAAAAGUAUCAAACGACGAUCCAUUCGGUUCCUGUGCAAGCUCAUCCAGUGAAGACGUCCCAAACGAUAUGUAUUUCGGUACUCCAGAUCGUGUAUUCACGGUCAGUACUAAAUUUCAUUGGCAACGUCAGAAGCAAAAGGGCAAUAAAUAUCACGCACGAGCAAAAGGAACCGUCGUACAAAAAUACGACGACGACGGAUCGAGCGAUGACGAGGAGGACGACGAACAUGCCCGACGGAGGGCAAAAAAGGCAGAAGAAAUUGCACGCCUUAAACUGCCUGCCUAUCAGCAACAGCAGCUGCAACAAUUGGUGCUGAAGAAGCAUCCGAAGCGUGAUCGGUUUUAUGAUCGCUCGCAGGAUAUUCCGAACGAUAUUUAUUUUGGAAAUGUUAAAGUUCCGUUACACAUUCUUCAUGCAUCGAGCAGUAGCUCAUCGGAGGAAGAGCCAUGGCCCGGUGGGAGUGUGCAAUCUGUAUCACGCACUAGCAGCUAUCCCAAGAAGAGUUAUCACUCGGAACAAAGAACUCGCAAGGAAAGCGUGGCAAAUACAAAAUCUUCAAACUAUCCACAUUAUCGGAGCUCAUCGUCAAGAACGGAAUCAACAAGCUCCCAGGGAGGUACAAGGUCCGUUCACCGCAUGAAGGAAUAUCUCAAGAUGGCAGGCUUCCGGCACAUGCGAUAUCAAAAGCUUUGGCAAGGGUGUGAAACCAACCAAGAGCGUGCCGAGGCGAUAUUACGCUUUCUUCAGGCUCAGGGUCUACAGGGCGAACCGACAGACGAAAAGUGUCGUGAGCUGCGUAAGGAAAUUCAGCUAAAAAAAGAAGUGGAAGUGUUAGACACGAGCGUUAUCAUUGGCAGCGGGGAAGGUCGUGUAACACGGCAAAGGGCAAAGAAAGUUUCCGAAACGACGACAGCUGUUGAACCAGGUGAAAAUCAUCCACCGAAACAACCGUGUCUUCAGAAGGAUGAGCAAACAGUGGAAAUUUCUGUUCCUUCCGAAGCAGUUGAAGCAGAAGCAAAGUGCGAGCAACAGCUGACGCUACAAGAAGAAAAUGGCCCACCGGAAGAGGGUGUAGAACAUACUUUGCCGGUUGAUGGGUUAAAUCAUUCAAAUGCACCUACAAACGUUUGA